AUGCAAGCCCUGCGGCAGAACCGCAAGGCAGUCUUUUGGUCUGUCAUGAUCUCCAUGUCCAUCAUCAUGGAAGGUUACGACACCAUUCUCAUCGGCAAUUUCUUUGCUUACCCCGAGUUCGCUAAGAAGUUUGGAGACUAUUACCCCGAAAUCGAUGACUGGGAGGUCUCGGCUCCGUGGCAGACGGGCUUGAACAUGGCUAGCACGGUUGGUGGUAUCUUCGGCGGCCUCAUGAACGGAUACCUUGCAUCCAAAUUCGGCUACCGCUGGGUCAUGAUCGGAGCCAUGGGGCUUCUGAACGUCUUCAUCUUUGCCGUUUUCUUUGCACCCAAUGCUGGCGCCCUGGUAGGCGGCCAGGUCAUGUGCGGGCUAUGCUGGGGGGUCUUUGCGACGCUCAGUCCUGCGUAUGCUUCCGAGGUAUGCCCUACCAAUCUGCGUGGCUACUUGACCACCUACGUGAACCUGUGCUGGGCUAUUGGCCAGCUCAUCGCCAGCGGUGUUCUUCGAGGCUGCCUUCCAAUCGAAGGCGAGAUGGGCUACAAGAUCCCCUUCGCCAUUCAAUGGUUGUGGCCUCUUCCCCUCAUGUUUAUCGCCUACUUUUCUCCUGAGAGCCCCUGGUAUCUUGUCCGUACGGACCGCCUGGACGAAGCCAAGAAGUCCAUUGGGAGACUCAGCGGCGACAAGACGGACGAGCAGAUCGACGCACAGCUCGCCAUGAUGGUGCAUACAACCAGACUUGAGGCCGAGGUCACCAAGGGCGCCACUUACUUCGACUGUUUCCGCGGUGUGGAUCUGCGCCGCACUGAGAUCUGCAUGGUAGCUUUCAUGGGCCAGAUCCUGUCGGGGAGCAGUUUUGCCUACACGCCAACCUAUUUCUUCACCACUGCUGGCAUGGAGACGUACAAUGCCUUUAACCUCAGCCUCGGUGCCAAGGGGAUGGCCUUCUUGGGGACUGUCUCCUCUUGGUGGCUCAUCACCUACUUUGGCCGACGAACACUCUACGUGGGUGGAAUAGGCAUGCUCAGUGUCAUCCUGUUCAUUCUCGGCAUCCUCGACGUCUCAGCAGGCGAGAAGGGUCUUUGGCCGUCGGGCGGCUUGUGCAUCUUCUGGCUCUUCAUCUACUCCCUCACCAUCGGGCCGCUGGCAUACAGCAUCACUUCCGAAACCUCCAGCGUGCGGCUGCGGCCGCUUUCCGUCGUACUCGCCCGCACCGCCUACCAGGUCACCAACGUCGUGUCGCAGGUCCUGUACAGCUAUAUGCAGAACCCCACCGCCUGGAAUUUCAAGGGGAAGUCGGGCUUUUUCUGGGGCGGCACCGCGUUCAUUGUCUUCCUCUGGGCCUACUUCCGACUGCCCGAGAUUAAGGGGCGCACGUACGAGGAGUUGGAUAUCCUGUUUGCGAACAAGACGCCGGCUCGCAAGUUUGCACAGGCCCAUGUCGAUGCGUAUGCUGUUUCGGGCUCGGCUGAGGAGCACACUCAAACUCAUAAGGCUGAGUAG